UCGACAAUCAUUUGUUGACGAAUCAACAACACCCAGCAAAAAAAAACGGUCGAGAAGAUAGUUUUCGACAUCCAACAGACAGCUCCUCGCCAUUUGACCCCUCUAGUUCAACGAAUGCCAUACUAACGAUCAGGUUCCUCACUUUCCUUGUAUUCUUGACCUUGCAUGACCGCCCAGUUGCUCCCAUUACCGCCCCAAAUCCACAAUGGCGCCGGGGGAUUUGAUCGACUUCGACUUAAUUGAGGCACAAAAGGAAAAUGUUCAAUCCCUCCCAGGUGGACGGUCAGCGAGGGCGCUUGCUGCAGUUCUUUCCGGCGGCCCUGGUGGCGGCGCUACGUCGUCACCGGGAUUGAACGAGACGAGAACUUUCAACGACGCAAUCCGGAGAGAAUACGAACUCGAGCUUCAAUCUAUCGCAGAAUCUGACGAUCCGCUAGAUAUAUAUGACCGCUACGUCAAGUGGACUUUGGAUGCAUACCCAUCAGCACAGGCUACGCCACAGUCUGGCCUUUUACCGCUACUAGAGCGGGCAACAAAGGCAUUCUUGCCGUCCGCCCAUUAUAAGAAUGACCCACGAUAUCUAAGGCUUUGGCUACAUUAUAUUCGACUUUUCUCCGACGCACCACGCGAGACAUUUGCAUUUAUGGCACGACACGGUAUUGGAGAGGGACUUGCCUUAUUUUACGAAGAGUUUGCUUCCUGGUUAGAAGGCGCUGGGAGGUUUACCCAGGCGAAGGAGGUUUAUCAACUAGGGCUACAGCGAGAGGCGCGGCCUACUGAACGAUUGCUACGAAAAUUCAGUGAAUUUCGAGCCCGUCUUGAACAGCAACCAAGGGCCUCGGACGGACCAUCUUCACCUGCCUUGCCCAAAGUGAGGCCAGCGUUGGCAGCGAAAAUUGACCCCUUCUCUUCUGCUACGCCGUCUCCUGUUGAUCCCCAAGCCCCAGCGCCAACAGUUGCCAGAGGGCCGACAGCAAAGAGAUCGGGGAAGCCAAAGAUGACGAUUUUCUCUGACGCUGACAGCGCGCAGGAUGGUGGAAAACCGCUGGCCGGUAGUGAAACCAAAGGUUGGGAGAGUAUCGGGUCACUUCAAGAUCGCAGGAAGGAGAAUACAGUGGAGGUGAAGCCUUGGGUAGGAGAAACUUUGAAAGCAGGAAAGCGGGUUGGAACAGGACCAAAGAUGACGGUGUUUAAGGAUAAGGACUAAUUUCUGAUAUGUAAACCUAUGGCGUUUUUCUUCGGUUUUUUCUGUGUAUUUCAGACAUUUACAUCACCGUCCUUAUCAGGACACCCACAAGCAAUAAUAGUAAACAAUAUACCGCUUCCUCGCAAUGAGAAGGAAUCAACCAAUCCCAGAACUGGUAAAGUUGAACGAGUGUAUGUCAACCUUGAAGCUAUAUACCCUGACCCCGAAAAUCCGCUCGUUGAAAUGAGUCUUGAAGAGCUACGAGCAUUCAGCCGGGGAUGGAUGGACAAAGAUUGGUCGAAGCAAGAAAUAGAGCCGUUGAAGGAGAUAUCUGCCAAUGUCCCAUACAGAGAUCCGCCUACCUACGGGCAUGGAGAAGAUGGAAUGGCUAAGAACAUGUCAACACAAUUGAAGGACAAGCUUGUAAUACAUGAACAGUCCCCGCAACCAGGGGACCCCCAAGGUGUGGAAGUUAACCGUGAUGGGAAAGGAUCGAAAUCGAGACGUCUAAAAGUUCGCGAAAUUAAAGGGGAGACGCAAACAGUCAAAACCAACCUGGAAUCGCCGACUGGCCCCAAACUAAAACGCAGAAAUGCGUCAGAACCCACCAUGACGUUCCAUACUCGAGCUGCCACAGAUGAAAUAUACAGUAUUUUCAACCAGCCGCUUAAAUCAGAAAGGCAAAGGGAUCUUGCAGAGAGCCUUUGUGGGAGCGACUAUGAGGACGAUGACUACACGAGUGCCGGGGAGAGCACAUGUACAGGCAGGAUAUCCGGAACAACCAGCGAGGUUGGAGAGGACGAGACAACUGGCUUCCGAAAGACAAGACAGGACAGUCAUUUCGAGCAGGAUGAGACGCAUGCUGAAAGUAUUGGUGUAGGUGAUUGGACAGAAUUCACUGCCAGUCGACAUGUCCCAAGUCUCUACCCUGAAGGAAGCAAUGGACAAGGCCAAGAUAUAACACAACCACACACUCUAGAUAUUGAAUCCUUAACAGGCAUAACUCAUCAUGAUUCCUCUUUAACGAACCCUGCCAUGAACGACAUGUCCACUCCAGCAGCCGGAAUGUCUCAAACCAAAAGUAGAUUUGUGCCUGUUCCUCCAGAAGAUUACAAUGCCCCUUUAGGCCCUUACCGCGACGCUACGAUAGUGGCCCAGAACAGACUGCCAUUUAUGACCCCAAUUGUGGAAAUGACGGAGUCAUCACUUGGAUCGACAACAUUCAAAGGCAAAAUGUUUGCGAAUACGAAGACUCCCUCGAGAAAAGCGGUGCCCUCAACCCCUAUGAUCCCAGAGAUGGAUGACCUGCUCUUGAGUAGCCCAUUCCAUGAGUUUACCCAGUCGAACGACACCGUCUUUUCGUCCUUGCCUGAGGAGAGUUCUCCGAGCCGCCUCGCGAAAAAGAUGAAACGUUCACCAAAGAAGGCCAAGUACCCACACAAAUCGCAGCUUAUCAUCGAAGAAUCCCAAUGCAAUCCGAUCGACCCGGAAAUUAGAGAGAAGAUCCUCAAGAAUAUCUACCCGUCUCUUCACACAUAUCCGGGUUACUAUGAUCAUGGAAGCCAAAGAGCAGGCCGCGCUUCCGAUAUUCGCAAAUACAUCAAAAGUGUCUCGAAACAGCCUAAGGGUAGCGGAGCCGACCGCCCAGCUCUAACACCGCCGGUUCUCUGUUUUACAGGGGCAAACCGGAGCUACGCUAUCAAUCAGGAGCUAGGGGAAGGUGGCUUCGCUCCUGUAUACCUGGUUGAAAGCGUUGAUUCGCCAGACACUCUCACUUCGGAUUCUGAGAAAGAAAAUGGUACCAUAACUGCGAAUAAUCAUAGUCGAAUUUCUGCGAGUGUGAGCCCCUUUAAGUCUCGACGGGAUGCUGAACGACGAGGCUUGGAGGCAAUCAAGGUGGAGUCGGAAUCACCUUCUGCUUGGGAGUUUUAUAUGCUCCGAAUCGCGCAUGCACGCAUCGGUUCAUCUCCCACCUAUAGACGGGUUACGGACAGCAUCAUACAAGCACAUGAGAUGCAUAUCUUCAAAGACGAGGGUUAUCUUGUGGAAGAUUACCAAAACCAAGGGACGGUGAUUGACCUUAUUAACGCUGUCAACAAUAACUCCCCUGUGCCAACGGAACAAGGGCUCGAUGAGAUUGUUGUUAUGUUUUUCGCUGUGGAAUUAUUCCGUACCAUAGAAGCCCUACAUGCCUGCGGUAUUCUCCACGGCGAUCUGAAAGCGGACAACUGCCUUAUCAGAUUAGACGAACGUUUCAAUUCCCCUGUGUCCCGCCUAGCUGACGAGUCCGAUUUGGACGCCCAGGCGGGUUAUUCCCCGACAGGCGCAGGUGGCUGGAGAAAUAAGGGGCUAACCUUGAUUGACUUUGGCCGUGGCGUUGACAUGCAGGUCUUCCCAAAAAACGUGCAGUUUAUUGCUGAUUGGAAAAUCGGUGCACACGAGUGUUCCGAGAUGCGGGAAUGCCGGCCCUGGACGUACCAGGUCGAUAUGUACGGGCUCGCAGGUGUCAUUCAUAUUCUAUUGUUCGGCAAGUACAUGGAGGUUGCACCUGCUACUUCUAGUCGAGCCUCGGGUGGGGAGAAUGGAAGUACUGGCAGCCGCAGGUCAGGAGAUGGUGACUUUGGACUAGGCAUGUCCGACGCCGGGAGAACGGGUCUCGGAGCCAAAAAGGCAUAUCGAAUCAAGGAGUCUCUGAAGCGAUACUGGGAGCGGGAGAUCUGGGCUGAGACCUUUGAUUUAUGUCUAAAUCCCCAAGGCGAUAAGUGGGUGCAGAUGGAGAAAGGGAUUCCCUCGCCGCCAAGCUCGGAUAUCGAUGCGGAGGAUGGUGGUGGUCACACUGGCCCUACGCUGCCGGUUCUUAAUUCGAUGAGGUAUAUUCGGGAGAAGAUGGAGGGUUGGCUUGUGGCUAAUGCGGAGAGGAAGGGGUUACAGGCCCAGUUAGCGAAGCUGGAGAGGAUGAUUGCCAAGUAGACGGAGGUCAAAGGUUUCCAUGCUUCCAAGGAUCUGUCUGGGAGUAAGCUUCUGUACCUGGCUGGCCUAGACGAUCUACCGUGCGUGGAACCUUGGAGCCGUCUUUUUUUUAGUUUGGUUUUUUUUUUUCGGUCAAACUCCCAGCAACGAUGACAGAAGAGCAGCUCGUGGCCGUGCUGUGCUUUGUUUCCUUUGUUCACCAGCCAGCCUGUGAUCUGAUCUCGAUCCUGUCGUCUCCUCCGGGUUAUCGUUUCUCGUGUCCGGACUCGGGCUCCUCCCUCCCGCUUCCUUCAAAUCUAUAACUCAACCGAAACUCUUAUUUGCUUAUUUUUACACUCCUACAACCACCCCCAACAACAACAAACAAUCACUUCCCCGGGGGUUUUCCCCAUCUUCUGUGUGUUACUUGACCACCCUGUGUAUGUGCUCUACAUGUACACAUUGUAUAGUACAUACUACAAAACUGCUCCCGCGAGAAUGAGUUGAGAGGGGGUGGUGGUGGGUAGUGAGUGGCACACGCUGGCAUUCCUAGAAUCCCCCCCCCCC